GGCGCUCUUAUGUAAUACCAGACGUGGCGCUCUUAUGUAAUACCAGACGUGGCGCUCUUAUACAAAUUCUUGUAAUACCCUCCUAAUCUUGUGUGGCUAUAUAAGCACGCCCGUAUUCAUUGUUCGUUGCAGUUGGCUUCAGGGCGUUGGCUUCAUCAUGACUUUCUGUACCAUUUUCUGUAGUCAUAUUAAAUUAUUUGGAAGCGGAGUUUAAGUUUCCUGUGUUUGGAUUUGAGUUGUCCAAUGUCUAUUUUUAAGCCUCUAUAAAUUCCUAAUUCGCUACAUCAAAAGCAUCAUAAGAAAUGGUGGAAGAUCCGCACCAACUCUGUGUUUCUACACCGAGCUUUCCCGGUCCUUCAUUCCGGACUCUGACGGCCAACGCCCCGGUCAGCUGCCCUUGCCGGGCACGAUCACUGUACGAGAUGGCCUAUUUUGGUUCCAUUGAAGAACAUAGAUGCAUCCACAGUAGCUAGAGCACUCUACGACAAUGUUAUUUGUGAACAUGGGUGUCCAGAGACUCUACUAAGUGACAGAGGAUCAAACUUUCUUAGCAAGGUGGUAUUAGAGGUGUGUCGAAUCAUGCGAACUCACAAAUUGAAUACCAGUUCCUAUCAUCCUCAAUGUAAUGCUAUUCAAGAAAGGUUCAACUCAGUUAUCCUUGAUACCAUUUCUCACUAUGUAAAUACAUGUCAUAAUGAUUGGGAUCAAUACUUAACCUCCGUACAGUUCGCUUAUCGCACUACACCUGCUGAAAAUUCUGUGGGAUUCAGCCCCUUCUUCCUUUUAUAUGGUAGAGAAGCAAGGUUACCCUUAGAUGUGACACUCCUUACAAAUUCCAAUUAUCCAGAGAAAACACUUAGAGAGCACAUGCAUCACUUGGUUUCCCAACUUGAAGUUUUUCGAGAUGUAUCCAAGCGUCAUGCAGAGCUCAAUCAAGCCAAAAUGAAAGAGCGUUUUGAUGAAAAAGCACAAAAGGUACCAUAUCAAAUUGGAGACACAGUUUGGAUUUAUAUUCCUGCAUUCCAAAAAGGACUAUCCCGUAAACUUAUGAAGUUUUGGGCUGGACCGUAUCUUUUAGUAGAACAGACAUCUCCAGUAAAUUUUCGAGUUAGAAAUCUUGAAAAUAAUAAAUUACUGUCUUCCCCAGUACACGUGAACCGAAUGAAAUUUGCAUAUAACAGAUAUGUUCGCCCAAGUAAUGAUUCUGUUCCAUUUGAUCCAAAGCAGAAUACAUCAAUACUAGGUUUGCAAGAAGAUGACUGCCCACAAAACAUUUUCCAUCCUCUCACGGCAGUACAUCAGUCCAGUGAGUCGGAAUCUUCUGGAAUUCCCUUUGUUCCAGGAUUACCGCAGAUUUCAGAGAAACCCAAAGAAUAUGAAAUUGAGCGCAUAAUCAGAGGCAGGUAUAAGAAUAAGCGACUUGUGUACCUGAUCAAGUGGAAAGGUUUUCCUCACUCAAAGAAUACUUGGGAACCCGAAACAAAUUUGAAUGCUGCGGCAUUAGAGUUCCUUAAAACACAUCCAGUGAAGAUUUCAGGUAAAAUGUAAAAUAAAAUUAAAAAAAAAAAAAAAAAAAGAGAAAAAAGAGAAAAAAAAAGAGAUUAAAAUAUAUAAUUGUGUAAUCAAUUAGCAUUGUAAUUGUUUUGAUUGCAUAUGUUGUGGCCUUGAUAUUGCUGUCUUGAUUUUGUGAUCGACUUUCUCAUUUUUAUGCCAUUUUGAUUAUUAGAAGAAUCAAAUUAAUUUAUGAAACUUACUGCUGAUGUCACUAUAAUUGUAUUUUACUCUUGCAUAAAAAGAAGUGUUAAGUUGUUAAAAAGAGUAAAAGCUGUAGCAAAUAAAAGUCGACUUUAUAAAAUAAAUAAAUUAUGAAUUUUAUUUAGUUUACGAUGCUUAAGUGAUAAUUCAGCUUCCAGUGGCGCCCUGGAUGGGAUUGUUGAGGAUGUCGGACCACGUGAGGAACCUGCGGCCUGAUCAGCCUGAUGAGUGACUGUGUGUGAUGUGAUGAAUGACGAGAUGGGAGAACGUGUGGAGGUCCUACGCGGUUAAUGGAGACGACUAUGAACACCAUUUACGACCCGCAACGAUCGACCCAGUAUGGAAUAAAUUAGCUGAUAUUAUAACUUAAAAAAAUAAAAUAAUAAUAAUGUAAUUUUGAAUAGCUCGAAUUUUGUUUAUAUUUUGUAAUUAAAUUGUCGGGAGCCAAUUCAGUUAGGGGUGGCGUAUGUUGUGGCGCUCUUAUGUAAUACCAGACGUGGCGCUCUUAUGUAAUACCAGACGUGGCGCUCUUAUACAAAUUCUUGUAAUACCCUCCUAAUCUUGUGUGGCUAUAUAAGCACGCCCGUAUUCAUUGUUCGUUGCAGUUGGCUUCAGGGCGUUGGCUUCAUCAUGACUUUCUGUACCAUUUUCUGUAGUCAUAUUAAAUUAUUUGGAAGCGGA